CGAGAGUUUGAAAACAGAGUCUUAAAUUAUUCAAAUAAAAUAGACAUGUAUUUCCCCCCUUUUGUGUUAGAUAUGUCAGUUCUACUUAUUGUUCCCAUUUGCUCUUCAGAAAAAAAAGCCCACAAAUAUUAUGAUUACUUUUUAAAAUACAGACUUCAGACCAUGAUGAGAUAUUGUAUGGGACCAAUCUUUGAUGUUUUUAAACACAAUAUAUCUCCUUACAGCCUGAUCCUCCAUAAAAACGUGGUUAACACAAUGUCAAAUCUGUUAACACUCUCUUUAUUUUAGGUGAAACGUGCUGAAAAGUGAUUGUGUGUGUGUGUGUGUGUGUGUGUGUGUGUGUGUGUGUGUGUGUGUGUGUGCGUGUCCAUUACUGGCCAGUACCAAGCUUUUGGUACCAGAAAACACGGACAGAGUGAGAGCUCACUCCUCUCCUCUCAAACCAAACCAACACUGAGGUCAGAGGUUAUUUGAUCUGACAGUGUUACAACAAAAAGAUUUUAAGUACAAGUGCCUAUCAUUGUGGACUAUUACUUACUCUUGUUUCUUGUUUGCCAGCACUUUAAUGUAAAAAAAACCCCAACAGGUUAAGUAAAGUCCACAAAGUCUAUAUACAGGCCUAUUUUUAUUUUUUUUGCACACAUAUCAGUGAAACAAUGAAAUGUGUGUAUAAUACAUGUGAAUGUGGGAUCAGACUUCUACCUGCAGUUUGUACCUGCUGCAGUGGAUGGAGUCCCACUGGGUCAAACUAUAAUUAGGAUUAGAACAGAUAAACUGCCUGAACAUAUGGGCAGACUAAUUACUGUAUAUGGACCAAGCAGCAACAUUACAGGCCUGAGCGGGACUUGAGGGGAGGCACAGGGUUUAUAUUGGUCAUUUUAAUUGAUUUGUUUCAUUUGGUUAUUCACUGAUUGUUUGCAGGAUUUAGCUGAUCAUGUCUUCAAGAAAUGAUGAAUGUUAUCUUUAAUUUAGUGUGUACUCUGACAUUUAAACAGGCCUACAAUGAAAAAUAGUGACAUUUUUGUUAAAAUAUCCAAGAAGAUUUCAAUUAUAAUGUAAUAUUUCAUAUAUAAUGAUUUAAUUAAAUGUGUUAUUAAUUGCAUUUAUUUGAUAAUAAUGAUACAUUUGUUAUUCUUCAUUUCUAUUAAUACCAGAAAGUGAUAUAACAGACUCAAUUCAUUAAUUAAACUGAAUGAUUACUGAUCUCUACCUCUAAUUAUAUGUGGAUGGUUAUACCAGGAAUCAUUUUGAGAGUACACAGCUUAUAUUUCACUCUAAAGUGUUGCAUCAUGGGAUCCCAUCUUCCACAUGGUCACCGAUUACAUUCACAUACACCCGGGAAGUAGUACAACAUACUACAGCUGCUCUUCUAUUGGCUCCUCGGCAUCGGAAGGCCGUGUGUCAGCGUCGGCUGAACAAAAGAUAGUGAGACCCAGAGAGGCGAGCGGAGGCAGACGCGCACCGGGCGGGCAGAUGGGGAGCACGCUCGUUUAGAGAAGCCGAAGAGGAGGAAGAGCAGAUACCGGAGCGGUUUUUUUUACCAUGAUUAGUGCGUCUUAAAGAAGAUUAUUUUAAUAUUUAUCUAUUUAUCUUUAUCUAUUAUACUAGUCAGCCAUGUUCUCUAAAGCAUCGUAGCGGUAUCCACGAGUAACCGAAUGAGGAAACCGCUUUGUUUUGCGUUUCACCGCUUCCUGCCUCGCCCCUAGUCGCUUUCAUCUCUCUGUUUGCAACAACGUGGGGGGAAGAAGAGAGGAGAAGGAAAAGGACCAAACGAGCAUUAUGGUUGCCGGUGAGCUCGUGCAGGAGCAUCUGCGCGCGGAUACUGGCGCACCUGACGCUAUCGCGGUCGCCAGGAAGAGUCCGGAGCUGGACGGAGCGGCGGAGCGAUGCGCGGAUCCGACGUACGCAGCUGCGGCGGCGGCGGCGGCGACGCUCCGGGCUGUGGAGGCAGACACGGACCGGGCGCUGGAGCUAGAGAAAGAGGUACCGCCGGAUGAAAGAGAGGCGAUGCUGCCCAACGGAGGAGGAGGAGGAGGAGGGGAGAAGGAGGGGAAUAGUCUAGAGACGAGACUGUACCGGCGCCGGUUCGCCGUGCUCGCCGUGUUCAGCCUGUACUCGCUGGUGAACGCCUUCCAGUGGAUCCAGUACAGCAUCAUCACCAACGUGUUCACGCACUACUACGGGGUGACUAACGACAAGGUGGACUGGCUCUCCAUCGUCUACAUGCUGGUCUACGUGCCGCUCAUCUUCCCGGCCACCUGGCUGCUGGACCGGAGGGGUCUGCGGGUCACGGCCCUCCUCGGCGCCGGCCUAAACUGCGUCGGCGCCUGGCUCAAGUGCGCCAGCGUCAGCCCCGAGCUGUUCGGAGUCACCGUCACCGCGCAGGUCGUCUGCUCCGUGGCGCAGGUGUUCAUCCUCGGCCUGCCGUCGCGCAUCGCCUCGGUGUGGUUCGGACCGCAGGAGGUCUCUACUGCGUGCGCCACGGCAGUGCUCGGGAACCAAUUGGGAACAGCCAUUGGCUUCCUGUUGCCUCCAGUUUUGGUUCCCAACACGCCCGACGACAUUGAACUGAUGGGUCGCAACAUCAGCAUCAUGUUCUAUGGCACCGCCGCCGUCUCCACGGGCCUCUUCAUCCUCACGAUUAUAGUCAUAACGGACCGCCCUGCCCUCCCUCCCAGUCACGCCCAGGCUGUCCUACCAGACUCUCCCCCUGAAGACUACUCCUACAAACAGUCCAUCCUCAACCUGAUAAAGAAUAAAGCAUUUGUCCUCCUGCUCAUAAGCUACGGAAUAAUGACCGGUUCCUUCUACUCCGUCUCAACACUUCUCAACCAGAUGAUCAUGGCCUGCUAUGAGAACCAGGAGUUGAAUGCUGGGAGAAUUGGUUUGACUCUGGUUGUUGCUGGAAUGGUCGGCUCCAUCCUCUGCGGCUUGUGGCUGGACUACACAAAGACUUACAAGAUGACCACUCUGAUCGUGUACGGCCUGUCGUUUCUGGGCAUGGUGAUCUUCACCUUCACUCUGGACCUCAAAAACAUCUACCUGGUCUUCUUCACAGCUGGAGUCCUUGGGUUCUUCAUGACGGGUUACCUGCCUCUGGGCUUUGAGUUUGGAGUGGAGAUCACCUACCCAGAGUCUGAGGGAACAUCAUCAGGACUCCUCAAUGCUUUUGCACAGAUAUUUGGGAUUAUUUUCACUCUGAUUCAGGGCAAACUGACCACAGACUACAAUCCAGUAUUUGGAAAUCUCUUCCUCUGCGCCUGGAUCUUCCUGGGAAUACUGCUCACUGCCUUAAUUAAGUCAGAACUGAAAAGACACAACGUUAACAUGGGAGCAGACAACAACCACUUGCAAGCACUUCCUACUGAGUGUCCCGGGGACUGCCCUUCAGAAAGUAAAACCAACGGAGUCAAGCUGGAACCCUCGAUCAGUUUCUCCCAUGAAACCUCACUGUGACCCUGCCAAGUCACUGGACAAAUAAGAAGGACUCCCUGCUGCCCUGGGAUACAUGUUGGCACCAUAGUCUGUGAAGUACCUAGAGGUGCACUUGAUUUUUAUUGCCAAGCAUAAUCUCUUGAAUAAUUAGAAAGCUGGAGGCUCUGGAUGCGAGCCAAGUCUAAUCAAGCACAGCCACAAUCUAGGUGUGGAUUCAAGCCAGGUGUGACCAACAAGGCACAGAGGAGGUUGCUCCUCCCAAGCUGUUUGACUCCUUCAAAGCUCUGCUGCAGGAUCCAGGACCCUCGUGCUCCCAAAACACUUAUAGUAUAGAAGAAGCAUUACCUCCAAUUGAGAGAAGUUUUGGUUUUGUUCUGGAAAGGUCAUUGUGGAUUGGUAAAAAAACAAAAAAAAACAGUAUGGAAGCAAUGACAUGCAGAAGAAGCUCCACUGCACUUUAUUUGUAUUGUUGGUGAAGCAUGGCACUCCUACUUACUCCUACAUACUACUGUAUGUAAAUCUGGUUUCACUAGAAAACAGGCUGAUGAAACAAGCUUCCUAGAUCACCAUCACAAGGUUUGCUGUAGUUAAGACAAAAUACUGAUUCUUGAUGGAUCACAACAGCAGGUGAAGUGUCUUUGGGUGUCUGGGAGGAAAGACUAGAGAGCCAUUCUGUUUGGUUUUGUACUGCAGCCACUGCCCACUGCACAGGGCCAACGUUUCCUGAGUUUACUUGAAUUAUCCUUCAUGCUCUGGACUGAAGUUGUAUAACACACUGUACAUUUUGUUAAUAUUUGAUUUCUUCCUCACAUAUAACACUGAUUAUGUUAGUUAUCAAAGACAAACUGAAGCUGCUUUGAUAAUGACAGUCGAUGUAAAUCCUGUUUAUUAGAAUGAGCGGACUAUGUCACAUAUUCUAUAACAGUAUGUCACAGAAGGUCCAGACAAGUGCAAAGUACAUGAAAGUAAAUGCAGCUCGCUCGGCUGACACUGCAACACAAUCAGGUGGAAAUCUUCACAGGUUUUUAUUUUGACACAGGUUUGCAUAUGAAUGUGCUUUUUAUUUGCCAUGAUCCGUAAAUAGUUAAGAGUUAAAUUCUUCCGUUGUGACUGACUGCGCCUACCUGGUACAGCAAAAUAAAAAAGCUCAGUAAACCCAGAAUGGCAAGUCAUUCCCUUCAUGACAAAUGAUUGACGCAAAAGACUAAAACCAUAAGAAGAAUUGUAUUUAGCUUUUAGAUUCCAGGGGAAAUCUCUAAACUUCCCCCCUCUGUUCAUUCCCUUAAAGCUGCAGUUAGUAACCUUUUUUCCAGGUUGUCAAAUACCGAUGCUUUGGGAUCCUAGCUCAAUCUCAAUUAACUAUCUUUCUUGGCUCUAAUUGGUUGUUUUUGGUCAGAAGUGGUGGAUUCUCACAAAUACCUUUAGGAGCAGAGGAACCUAUUUUCUUUCAUAGAUUAUCUGUCUCAUGUACUCCCGUCAGGAUAUAGUGAAAGUUUCAGCAAAUAUGACCCAAAGCUACUUUUAUAAAAGUUACCUACUGCAGCUUUAAGUCAUUGCCACAAAGCGAUAGGGGAAGGAGAGUCGAGGCCAUUUAGAACAGUUUAUUUGCUAUGAAGGGCCCUGACAUAACUGACACCAAGAAUCAAAACACUACACUAUGCUUAUGAUUCAUGUAACUGUCCUAGUAAAUUAUAAGUAAUUCUCAAAGCUGUUGGGUCUUUAUCUAAGGGCCUAUUUAAUAACUAAUUUCUUUCACCCAUUGCAACUUUUUGUCCAAAUUCAAGUCCAGUUUGUUUAUACCUAUAUUACGCUCUAAUAGGGUUAUGACAUUAGAUAAAUAUCUGCAGUAGUAAAAUAAAAUAUGUAUGUACUGUAUAAAAUACAUGGCUGGCUUGCACAAAGGCUUCCUGACAACAUGACUGUGCUGUAGUAUUUUCCUACACAAACCACAGUGGACCAAACAGAAUGUGAACAAGAAGUGCACAAAAAGAAACGCACGCACAACGUCAAGUUUUCUACUCGAAUGCAUGAUUUUAAAUGUGUUUCUAAUGUUGACUCCUGUCCGUUAUUACACUGAGAAUCUGUAUGUGACAGCUAACUUAAGCUGCUGUUUGUGAGAUGUGGAGACAUCACAGGAGAUUAACAGUGCCAUCUUGUGGGUUUCCUGCAGCAGUAACAAAACAAGCAGAGUGGACAGGAGAAGCACAAAAGUGUCCAAUUCAUUCUGUAACAGUAAAAAGAUGCUAAUUUAUUUUCAGAUCCAUCUGUUAAUUUUAUUUCUGUCCUAUAAAAGUUUAACUUAUAAAAGGAAUUCUGUUUUUUGUAUCUGUCUUUACCAGUUUAUAACUCAAAGUGUACUUUUUUUUAAAACUAAAGUGUGAAUGAAUGUUGACAACUUUUAUAGUUGCAAAAUCUGUAUUUAACAGUCAUGUAGCUUGCUUGAUUUCUGUAUCCAAAGUCUUACAUGCUGUCUACAGUGGAUGUGUUUCUAAGUUGUUAAUUUGACAUUCAUCUGAGUGAAAAAUUCAUUUUUUUGUUUGUCUUUAACUUGAAAUAUAAAACCCUAUCAACAACCAGGAUUUUCCUUGGUAAAAAUAUAUCUAGGGAUCCCUUUGGCUUUUAUUUUUUCAAUAAAUAGCAGCAGUUCCACACACUUUAAAAUGGGACAUUAUCAUCUUUUACCCCAUGUUUGCAACAUUUCAAAAUCAAUCAUGAAAGAAAUUAUUAAGUUUAUUAACUGUUUAUGGUAUUUGGCAAUGGCAUGUUAUUUUAGGAAAUUAUCACACCUCUUUAUUUGGUUCUACUGUUUCAAACCUUUGAAAGUAUGUUUAUGUUUUUUAGCAGUUGAAGAGCUAACAUUUCCUUGUCUUAAUAUAAUUAUUAUAACAGGAUGUUUUAUACACUACACUACAGUCUUGACAUAUGGUCAUAUAAUUUAUCCAUCUAAGUCAUCAAGUUAGUCUAAGUAAAAUUAUGAAACUGGACCGAAAAGUAAAGGAAUUCAACUUGUUUCAUUCAGGCUAUGAGACAUUUCAUGAAAUAUGUUUUCAUUCUUUUAAACAUUUUGUUUUCUCUUUAGUCUCAUGUUUGGAGAACUGUAUUUUACGUUGUCUCCAUUCUGUUUUCAGUAUUUCUGUAUAUGACCAAAAUAGAUUUUACAUGUGAAAUCAGGAAAAGAUAUCAUAGUAUGAUAGCCAGAGAGACAUUUUAUGCAUUUAACUGGCUUUGCUGUAACCAUGUAACCAUGAAACAGGUUUACAUCUCUAUAUUAAUCAUUUUCUGGGUGGCAGGAUGUUUUCAUGGUUGUGGCAUUACUGUUAUCUGACUCAUAAGAUCUUAAUGACAGUAGUCCAACUGGCGUCGGCAAAAUCAAAGACAGAAGAACAUUUUUUGUAUUUUUCCAACCACUGUUACUGUGGCACUUUUUAAAGGAUAAGGCUUUUGUUAGUCUAUAUUUUUCUCAUUGUGAACAAAUAGACCAAAGCCAGCAAUGUGUUUUUGUGUCUGUCUUAGUCAGUACUUUCCUUUUUUCCUAUGUACAUACCCAGCGCCUCACCGAUAGUCACAAACAACAGGCCACAAAUACAUAAUUCAAUGAUUAAAAAAGGUUCAGUAAUUGCCUGCUUUACAGUUGGGCGUUGUUACUCAAACAGGAGGAAAUAGUAUUAGGGACUAUUUUAAGCUAUAAAUGAAUACACAUUUGGUGCUUUUUUUGUGGCUGCUGGACGGUGUGCGUAGGAUUGACUCAUGGCAUAGAGGAAGAAGAUAUAUCAGGGUUUGGAUAUACACACAUUACAUACAUACAUAUAAAUUAAUUGUUAAUAAGAAAAAAACUGAAAAUAUCAUCAGAUAUGUAUACUGACCCAAGACCACAGCAAUUCAUACAAUGGGAUGUUGGAGAAUCUUCUCUGCUGUCAUACAUACUGGAAUCACAUUAUAUGCAGAUGACACUAUACAUUUCUGUUGCAAUCAAAAGUCGCUGAGGAAAUUCACAACAAUAAAAGGAUUUCACUCCAA